AUGCUGCGCUCGCUCACCGGCGCGCCUGGGCACGGCGACGACGUGCGCAGGAUCCAGGGGAUCAUCGAGGAGACCUUCGCGGUGAGCGGCGCCCCCAGCAUCGGGGACUUCUACCCGGCGCUGCGGUGGAUCGACCGUCUCCGCGGCGUCGAUGCGACUCUAAUCCGUCUCCAGGCGAGACGCGACGCGCUCGUCGCGGGCCUCGUGCGCGACAAACGCCAGAGUCGCAGAGCCGGUGGCCGGCACACGGAGAAGAACGGCGCCAUUGACGAACUCCUGUCGCUGCAAGAAAUUAAUCCCGAGUACUACACUGACACUGUCAUCAAAGGCAUUGUCUUGAUACUGCUCAGUGCCGGCACGGACACAUCGGCACUGACCACUGAGUGGGCAAUGGCGCUGCUGCUGACGCAUCCGGAAGCAAUGCGGAAAGUGACAGCUGAAUUGCACACCAAUGUCGGCACAUCCCGGCUGGUGGAGGAGUCUGACAUCGCGAACCUCCCAUAUCUGCAAUGUGUGGUCAAGGAGACCCUCCGGCUCUGUCCUGUCGGCCCAGUGAUCCCAGCGCACGAGGCCAUGGAGGACUGCACCGUUGGUGGGUUCCAUGUCCGGCGUGGCACCAUGAUCCUUGUGAACGCUUGGGCGAUCCAUCGGGACCCCAAAUUAUGGGAGGCGCCCGAAGAGUUCAGGCCGGAGCGGUUCUUGGACGCUGGCAUGGUGACCACGGUCACCGCCCCCUUGCUGCCAUUUGGGCUUGGACGGAGGCGCUGCCCAGGGGAGGGGCUGGCAAUGCGUCUUGUUAGCUUGACACUGGCAGCGCUCGUCCAAUGCUUCGAGUGGGAUGUCGGUGAAUGUGGUGCUCCUGACAUGGCCGAAGGAGUUGGCCUGUCUAUGCCUAUGGCGAAGCCGUUGGCAGCAAUCUGUCAGCCCAGGGAGUUUGUCAAUAGCAUGCUAUCUGGAAUUCUGGAUCAACAUGAAUAA